AUGGGGCAGCAACGGGCCAAAGAUCAGGACGACAGCCUGCAAGUGCCACUAUUGAAGGAUAAAAAACGCGCAGGCAGCAAGGCACCAGCAGUUGUUCUAGGGUUCGAGUGCCUGGAGAGCACAGGGUUCUUUGGCAUCUCCACGAACCUGGUCGUGUACCUGGAGAAAGUCCUCCACGGCAGCAACCUGGCCAGCGCCUCCAAAGUCACUACGUGGACCGGCACCAGCUACCUGACCCCGAUCUUCGGCGCCAUCAUCGCCGACACCUUCUUGGGCAACUACAACACCAUCCUCAUCUCCCUCGUCGUCUACCUUCUUUUGGAGCAGGUGGCCUGGCAGCUGGGGCUACCAAAGGAGGACACCACGGAUCCCCAGGAAUUAUUGGUGGCGUUGAGUCGACAUGGACCCGGUCACCCCGCCGCGUUCGACAACGCCUAG